AAAACCAUGAUCAAUAUACGCUCAAUUGGUAACACAAAAUCCUCUCUUUUCUCCACCAUCUCAUUCGCUACUAUCCUGUUUCUUUUACUUUUCUUCUCUAGUUUCUUCCCCACUUUGUUUCUCCACUAUGAAGUUUCGAUAUACGCCAAAGAAGAAACCCGGGUUGUCUCCCCAACCCAGAAAAGCCGUCUUCAAUUCAGAGAAAGAAAGGAUCGCUUGGUUCAAGCAAAAGCUUCGAGCUUUCGACGUAUUCAAGUCAACCAAGUUGCCCAGUAAAUUUGCAGAGCGGACACGCAAGUUCUUCGAUAACACCUGUGAGAUACAAUUUUUCAUGACGUGGAUUUCUCCGGUGAGAUUUUUCCGGCGAAGAGAAAUCUUGGCCUUGGAAAGCGUCUUCAAAGCUCACCCUCAUGGAUGCUUGAUGAUUCUCUCAGGAACUAUGGAUUCCAUACAUGGAAAUCGAAUCCUGAAACCACUACAAGAUCUCGGAUUUAGAGUGGUGGCAGUGAAACCAGACUUGUCGUUUCUUCUCAAGAACACACCUGCCGAAGCUUGGUUUCGUGAGAUGAAGAAGGGGAUCAAAGACCCUGGUGAGAUUCCAUUGGCCCAGAAUCUAUCCAAUCUCCUCAGGCUUGUGGUUCUAUAUAAAUAUGGUGGUGUCUAUUUGGACACAGAUUUCAUAGUUCUUAAGAAGUUUUCAGGUCUGAGAAACACAAUUGGAGCACAAAGUAUGGAUAGAGUGACUGGCAAAUGGACCAGGCUUAACAAUGCAGUUCUGAUCUUUGACAAGAAUCACACUCUCUUAUUCAAUUUCAUUGAGGAAUUCUCCCUCACUUUUAAUGGAAACAGAUGGGGACAUAAUGGACCCUACAUGGUUUCAAGGGUCGUUAAGAAGGUAAGGAGAAGACCUCUCUACAACUUCACAGUCCUGCCACCAAUGGCAUUCUAUCCAGUAGAUUGGACCAGGAUAGGUGCGUUUUUCCAGAAACCAGUGGAUCGCGCCAUGUCUAGAUGGGUAUCGUCAAAGCUGCUACAGUUGAGUAGAGAGACUUAUGGAAUUCACCUUUGGAAUAGGCAGAGUAGUAAGUUAAGGAUUGGAGAAGGGAGCAUCAUAGGAAAAUUAAUAUCAGAUCAUUGUGUUCUAUGUGAAGAUAUGUACAGUGUUUGAGUAAUUAGUUCUUCAAAUUGGAUAGCAGAAAAGCUACUUCUGCCUAAGGAAUAAAAUCAAGGAGAUUCAACCUCUUCAAUCUUCACAAAGUAAUGAUUCAGGGAUUCAACAAGGAUGUCUGAGUAAGGUUCUUGAAUUAAAAUUCUUUUCUUCCAUAGGAUAAUUCUUUACUGUUACUGUAGGUCUCUGCUACUACUACUACUACUACUGUUAUUGCAAGAAUUUUCUAUCUUGUUGUUUCA